UCAGAGGGCAGCUCUGCAGCUCCAGAGAGGACGGUCAGAGGACAUGGACAUACACAGUGCAGCAGUUUGUCCACUUGUCCACUUGUCCACUGAUGCAUCAUCUUAGGGACCAACACCUCACACUAAGUCCAGGAAAGAUGUAAAGUAUGAGCCUUUAAUACUCUGUGCAUGAGUUGAGCCUAUUAUCUACAAAUGAACUCAAAUGUAGUUAGUUGUUGGUCCGUUGCAGUCAGAGCUACAAGUAUAAGGAGGCUUUUUAUAUUGCUCAUGUCAGGUGCCACGUUCCCAAGUAAUAAACAUGUGUUCUGUACGUGAUGGUGGUGAAGACUGAUGUGGAAUUGAUCAUAUAUCAGCAGUGAUGACACCGUACGUACUGUAAUGCUGAGUCAUAAAUAUAUCUUCUGUGGGUCAAGGACGCAACUCAACAAAAAAACAGUGUCCAUGAGAUCGAUUGAGGAACAGCUUCGACCAGAGGAGAAAAACUAGGACUAGUAGGAGCAGUAGCAGCAGUAUUCAUAGUAAAUGCACUAGUAGUAGUAGCAGCAGUAUUAGUAGUAGUUGCACUUGUAUUAGUAGUGGUAUUAGUAGUAACAGUAGUGGUUGCACUAGUAGUAGUAGUAGUUGUUGCACCAGUACUAGUAGUAGUAGCAGCAGUAUUAGUAGUAGUUGAACUAGUACUAGUAGUAGCAGCAGUAUUAGUAGUAGUUGCACUAGUACUAGUAGUAGCAGUAGCAGUAUUAGUACUAGUAGUAGUAGUAGAAGCAGUAGUAGCAGCAGUAUUAAUAGUAGUUGCACUAGUAGUAGUAGUAGUAGUAGUAGUAGUAGUAGUAGUCUUUUUGCUGCUGUAGUUCUGGUGGUUAUCCGCUAGGAGGCAGUGAUGAGGCCCUGGGCCGAGCAGCAGUAGUGACGCAGAGACAAGAUGGCGGCCCCGGUGCAGGUGUGUUGUGUGGACACCCUCCCUCCUCACCUGAGUCCUCUGGACGCGUUAAUGUUCGAAUCCCACCUGGACGCGCUUUUCCACAGUGACACGGAGCCGCCCACCGUCCUCUUCAGCCCGCAGCGGCCUCAGGGCUGCGGGAGGUCGGGCAUCUUACUGCGCGUCCACCCGCUCACCGAGCAGGACACCGCGGGAUGCGGAGACAGACACGUCCCCGGUGCCGAGUCCCGAAGCGGCGUCCGGCUGUUCGUCAGCCGCUUCUUCCUGCGGCACCACGGGCUCCAGCGGCUCGGCUGCUCCGGGACGGUCCGGGCCCUGGAGCCUGUCAGCCUGGACAGAGUGGUGCUGGGAGCCCGCAGCAGAGAGAGCCUCCGCUGGGCCGGAGGGGAGCACUUCACCGCCGGGCUGCUGGAGCUCUGCCGCCCGGGACAGUGGCUGCUGGUCCGGCAGGGAGACCCGCUGCUGCUGCCCCGACCCCCGCUGCCGGAGACCCCCGGAGAGGAGCCGGGACAGCAGCCGCUCCUGGACCUGAUGGUGUUGGCCUGCAGCCCGGUAUCACAGGGCCGGAUCACAGCCGACACGUCUCUGGUUCUGACCGACUGCUGGGACUCAGUGGAUCCCCCGGGGGCCCCCCCGCCCUGCAGACCGCUCAGUCUGAGCUUUUCAGAUUUUGCUCAUUAUGCCGACAGCCUCGGGGGGGGGCGCUCUCUCCUCGACAGCAGGAAGCUGCUCGGCUCGGAGUUCUCAGACAUCCUGCGGGCGCUGGAGUGCAGGGUGGACGUCCUGGUGGUGGACGUCUCACGGUGGACGGGCGUCAGAGGUCACCAGGGGGCAGUGGUGGACGUGGACAACUGCGUGUUCGUGAGCAAGCAGCUGCUGCUCCGGCUCGGGCUGUUUAACCACGAGUGGGUGGAGCUGUCGAAGGCGGGAGGAUCCUCGCGACCUCAGCCGGGUCAGGUGGACGUCAGGGGGGAAGCUGGCCGAGAGCGGCUGGUAUCUGUGGUGGUGGUGGAUUUGACUGAGAGUCCAGAUCUGCAGAACCAGGAUGAAGUUGGUUUCAUAUCAGCGUGUCUGUGGUUCAACUUGACCGGAGGGGAAGUGAUUCCUGUGAACAGCCUGACACUGAGGAUGAAGAGGUGGAGACCGGCUCCUCUGGAGGUCGCUGGUGGCUCUGACACUUCCUGUCGCUCAGCUUCUCCUGCGUUCGCCGCCGAGCUUCACAUCCAGCCGGUGGUGUCUCUGCUGCAGGACGACCGGGGGGGCGGCGACGCCCUGCUGUCCGAACACUUCAGUUCUCCCAGACUGGUUUCACUCGGAGACGUCUUAUCAGUUCCCACUGAAAACCAUCCAGACCUGCUGGAGAACAACUGUGACGGCAUCCACAGGUCUCCUGUGCUGUUCUUCAAAGUGCAGAAGGUGUGUCCGUCUGCAGAGGAGGAAGGAGGAGGAGGAGGAGGAGGAGGAGCUCUCCUGGCAGACAGACUGCACACCUCCCUCUACAUGGGAGCGUCCACUAACAGCCCCGUCCCCUGCAGCUGGGUGGAGCGAGGGUCUCUGUGGAGCAGUCUGUCUCCUCCGGGCCUGGACAGGACCGUGGACCUCCUCAGCAGCAUCAUCCUGCCCCACCUGCAGCACAGCAGCUCUCUGUCCGGUUGCACCGUCCUCCUUCACGGUCCUGCAGGAAGUGGGAAGGUGACGGUGGUCAGCGCGGCGAGUCGCAGACUGAACCUCCACCUGCUGAAGGUGGACUGUGUGAGUGUGUGCGCUGACACACCUGCAGCCGCUGAGGUGAAGCUGACCUCCUUGUUCCAGCGAGCCGCCGCCCUGCAGCCAUGUGUCCUUCUGCUCAGGAACCUGCAGCUCCUGCUCCGGCCCAGAGGGGAGGAGGACGCCAGGGUCCAGGCCGCGCUCCACCAUCUGCUCAGCAGCGCCCCCAUCAGUGUGGUGGUGGUGGCGACCGUCUGCAGACCUCGGGACCUUUCUGCGGGUGUAGUGACAGCGUUUGUCCACCAGGUGUCAUUAGAGAGCCCCAGUGAGGAGCAGCGGCGCUCUAUGUUGUUGAGCCUGAGCCGAGACCUUCACCUGGGCAGAGACGUGAGUCUGGAGAGACUCUCCAAACUCACAGCGGGUUUUGUGUUGGGAGAUCUCCGGGUCCUGCUGGCGGAGGCCGGUCGAGCUGCCUGCAGGAGGCUGAGUCACACCUGUGGGGGUCGGCGGGAGGAGGACCUGUGCUCCAGCGGAGUGACCGUCCUGAACCAGGACUUCACCUGCGCCCUGGAGACGCUGCAGGACGCCCAGUCCAAGGCCAUCGGAGCCCCGAAGAUUCCUAACGUGCGCUGGGAGGAUGUCGGAGGUCUGCAGCAGGUGAAGAAAGAAAUCCUGGACACGAUCCAGCUCCCUCUGCAGCGUCCGGAGCUCCUGGCUCUGGGCCUCAGCCGGACCGGGGUCCUGCUGUACGGACCCCCGGGAACAGGGAAAACCCUGCUGGCCAAAGCCGUGGCCACCGAGUGCUCCAUGACCUUCCUCAGUGUCAAAGGUCCGGAGCUCAUCAACAUGUACGUGGGUCAGAGUGAAGAGAACAUCAGAGAAGUGUUCAGCAGAGCGCGCUCAGCAGCUCCCUGCGUCGUCUUCUUCGAUGAGCUGGACUCACUGGCUCCCAGCAGGGGGCGCAGUGGAGACUCUGGAGGAGUGAUGGACAGAGUGGUGUCUCAGCUGCUGGCCGAGCUCGACGCGCUGCCCUCGACCGCCGGGGUGUUUGUGAUCGGAGCCACGAACCGUCCAGACCUGCUCGACCAAUCACUGCAGAGACCUGGCAGGUUUGAUAAGUUGGUCUACGUUGGACUCAACGAGGAUCGAGUCUCUCAGCUUCAAGUUCUUCAGGCCAUCCUCAGAAAGUUCCAGCUGGACCCGGCGGUGAACCUGGAGGAGGUGGUGGAGAGUUGCCCCGCCCACAUGACCGGCGCUGACCUCUACGCUCUGUGUUCAGACGCCAUGACGGGCGCCAUCAAGAGGAAGAUCGCUCUGAUCGACGAAGGUGUGGACUCGGAGGACUCUCCUGUCGUUCUCUCCGCUGACGACUUCUCUGCCUCGUUAGAAAACUUCAAGCCCUCGGUUUCUGAACAGGAGCUUCUCCGAUACGCAAACAUCCAACAGAAACUCAGCGUGACGUAGAAUCACAGGAAAAUAAGAACUGUCAACAACGUUCACGCACGACAAGAUGCUAAUGCUGUAAAUUUAACUUGAACUGUUAUUAAAUAAUUUUAUGAAAUCAAUAAAAACGAGAGAAGAUGCAGAAGAACAGUUUAUUGAAGCUGAAUUGGUGUUACCUGGUUCUGCCACUAGGAGGAGCUUUUUACAAAUAAUCAGCUAUAAUAAUCUUCUGUCAUGGUGACUCUACUUUUACUAUAGAACCAGUGCUGAUUACAUAAAGAACAUAGAAAGGUAAUGAGGACUCAGUUCUUAAUGUCCCAGCUGCAUUAGUAGCUACACUUGAGGAAUAAUUCUCCCUUCAAUGUGUUUGUUGUUGUGCAGCUCUGGAACCUUCCAGAGUUUCUCUUUGCUAGCAUCAAGCUAACUGCUAAUAUGCUACUUUAACUAAAUCUGACAUCAUUAAAGUUAGCUGAGAUGUGUAAUAAUGAUAAAUGUUUUUUACAUCUGACUAUAAGGUUUGUAAUGAUUGUUAAUCACUUUACUUUUGGCAGAUUUACUGGAAUGUUUCUGAACUUUGUCAUAUUUAACUUAUUUGUAUAAAAUAUAUUAAAGAUGAUGUUAAAUUCAAAAGUUAAAUAUAUGGAGGACAGUUACAAAGUCUAACCAGCAGAGGGAGACAGGGAGAAACAUCCUGGAUCACAAAGCUUUUAUUUUG